AUGGUUCCCCAGCCCGCAGUCCCGGAAAUCUUCGAGGAUGAGAUUCAAUCCGUCGUCGACGCCCGCACAGAAACGCUCCAGUCGCUGCGGGAACUAGGCCCCCCGGAUCUCGUCCACCUGGUCAAGCAACCCAAAGGCACUGCGAACAAGGUCGGCGUGUACCACCACGUAACCGGCGUCGACGCCUCCUCUUCCGCAAGCUUGGCUGCCUACAUCAACACACUUACCUACAAUCCCAACGACAAGACGAACAAGGUUGUUUCGGGCUUAUACUGCUGCUACAAUGCCUUCUCGAGGUUGGACAUGCGUGUCCAAGUAGCCAUACCCGGCACAGUCGAGAGCUACUGCAUCGACGAGCGCGGCGAGAAGCGUGUUGCUUCGGAUGAACUCUGGCUUGAGACGUACCUCUGCAGCGUCUUGCGCGCCUACUCGUACGCCGAUGACGGUACGGGCGAUACUAUCAAGAGAAUAGUUGGCGUCAGGAGAUUCAACCCCAUCACCACCACCGAGUCAGAGCACAAAUUUCUGGAUGCUGCAGAGCGCCUGUUCUUCAAUGGCUGGCAACUAGGCUCCGACCCGGAGAUUCAGGUCCCGAACCUGGUCUCCAACCAUUUGACUACAGGUCUUUUGAACUACAUCCACACCACCGGUCGCUACGCAUCUGGAAUCAAUCUAUUCGAAAAGCUGCGCACCCGGGACCCAGAAAUCGCCUCGCUGCUUUCCCACGUGUACAUCUCCGCGGAUGAAGAGGUCAAAGCAGUAAGACUGCUCCAUGAUGCCAUCCAAGAGCUUCCCAUGGACUACUCUCUGCUCGACUGUCAGGCUGAAUUCCUCAACCGAAAGAACCAUCCGGAACUGGCGCUUGAAAUUGCCAAGCGAAGCGUCAUCUCCGCCCCCAGCGAGUUUGGCACGUGGGCAAGGUUAGCGGAGAUUUACGUCAGCCUCGAGCAAUGGGAUAUGGCACUGUUGACGCUCAAUUCUUGCCCUAUGUUCACCUACCAGGACAAGGACGCACCACGCAUGCCGGAGCCACUUCGCGUUUCUCUCCCCGUAAUGGUUGAGAGUGUAUGCGACGAGAUUGAUGACAGUUCAGGCGUCCCGGACGUUGACAUGGUGCACCCUACAUUGCGCAAGCUGCACGCUGCGGGAUUCAAGGGCACGUUCCUGAAGGCGUACAUGCUCCUCACCAAGAUCACCAAGAAGAUAGGGUGGGACCAGCUGCUGAGAAUACGGAGCCAAGUCUUCGUUAUGGAAGAGGAGUACAGGCACGAGAGGCAGACGGUAUCAGCGCAACCGCCUAGCCGCAAUGCCAGUACAAGUGCCAUUCGCUCGCCAAGCCCGCGCCCGAACGGUCAUGGAGAAGUUGAAGUGGCCGGUGAAAAUGGCGAGACGUCGAAGCCGGAUGGAGAGGCGUCUAAGCCAGAUGAAGAAGCGUCCAAGCCGGAUGGACAAGCCAACAACGAAGCGGAUGGUGCAGGCGACUCUUUGGAGAGACCCGCAACUACCGUGGCUUCGGAAGAGGUCAAAGCCGGAAGUGAUGAGCCGGAUCCCUCGCACCAGUCGUACACGCAAUUCCAAAACAAGCGCCUGUGCGAGCGCUGGCUGGACAACCUUUUCAUGGUUCUCUACGAGGACCUCCGUGUCUACACCAUUUGGCGGACGGAGAUGGCGCAAUAUCGCCAACAACAAUUAGUUUACAAGAAGACGGCCGAGGAGUGGGAGAUUCUUGGAGAGCUCGCAGAACGCCUGCAUCAUUUUGAUGAGGGCAUUGAGGCGUAUCAAGCUUGUCUGAACAUUCGCUUCUCACCGAAGGCGAUGCGUGGCUGUCUCAAGAUGUUCGAGCAGGUGGCAGACGUGAGGGCUAUGCUCGGAGCACUCAUCCGUCUUGUCUGUUGGCAAUACAGGUGGUACUCUGAGUUCUCUCCCCCGCUGCUCUUCACCAUCCGCAGGCUCAUUGAAGAAGAGGGCACUCUCAAAGUCCGCAGCAUAAUCCAGGGCACAAGCCUUCCCCAGCAUGUUCUGGAACUCACACAUCAAUACACGGCCCUGGUGGCUUCCUUCCGCAACCCUGGAUCGGAGUAA